AUGGACAUCGCGCUGGAAGAGCAAAUCGUAAACGAAACUCUACCAUGCCUCCUCACGAUCCACCUCUCCGAGAUGCACCAUGCCUGGUCUCCAGUACGCUCGCCAUUCAAUAAAGCAUCCUGUGGCAACAUGGUUAUACUCACAGAGGGAUGUCUCGAGGCAGGGGCAUUCCCAGAGAAGUUUGCCAUAAUUGAAGUGAAAGCAUUGCCUCGAGGUCGUGAUAAGAGACCUGAACUUCUAUGGCAAGAAAUCACAAAGAUGGUGGCAUAG